AAAGAGGCUAAAAACUUCAGAAUCGAGAAUUACGUCUCGAGCUUCUAAACCCCGCUAAAAAUCUUCAGAAUGGAGAAGAAAUCAUAGAGAAACCGACUAGAACGGUUCAACUCAACGUUAGUCGUAAGAAUUCUGGAAGGAUGUUCUCCAUCUCAGCGAUAAAUGAUACCGAUUCUCGAACCAAAUGGGAACCCCUAGCUCCAACAAAAGAAGCCCAGGAAUUUCAUCUUUCACAAACUUAUCAUGAAGGACUUCUGAAAUUACAAGCUAAAGAAUAUGAAAAGGCCCGUGAACUUCUAGAGGCUGUCUUGAAAGAUCCCUUGAUUGGAAAUGCCAAGGUGGAUAGUAGUUCUACUGAUGGCCACCUUUUACAGCUUAGAUUUUUGGCACUGAAGAAUCUUGCUGCUGUUUUUCUUCAACAAGGUUCUGCCUAUUAUGAAAAUGCUUUACAAUGCUAUCUUCAAGCUGUUGAGAUUGAUACAAAAGAUUCUGUACUCUGGAACCAGCUGGGAACCCUGUCAUGCUCAAUGGGGUUAUUGAGCAUUUCACGUUGGGCAUUUGAACAAGGAUUAUAUUGCAGUCCCAAUAAUUGGAAUUGUAUGGAAAAGCUCAUGGAAGUUCUUGUUGCUAUUGGUGAUGAGGUUGCCUGCCUUUCUGUUGCAGAACUAAUUUUAAGGCAUUGGCCAUCUCAUUCUCGUGCUUUGCAUGUUAAAAACACCAUUCAAGAGUCUGAACCAAUUCCAUUCUCUCCGAGAGGCAUAGAUAAGCUGGAACCAAAACAUAUCCGACUGAAAUUUCCGGAGAAGAGAAAAACAACAGAAAGUGACCCAGAUGAUGAUGUUUCAACUAAAAAGUUGAAGCAAUGUAUGGAGUUUCACCUUCCAGAAGUUACCUUCACAGCCCUUGCUGACGAACUCCUCAAAAUAUUACGUCCAUUGGCUGAAUGUUCUUCUGAACUUGGAACAGGAAAUUAUAGGCCAGGUGACACUAGGAUUAGUAUACAGCUACCUCAAAUGUCACAAAAGAGUGUAGAUUCAGUAGAAAGUAAAGAACCUAUUUUCUCUCAAUGCAGUGAAAGCAAUUUCAGUGGUGAUUGCAGCUCUGAUAAAGGUAUUGUUUCAAGAGAAAAGGAAACAGUCAGUUGUGGGGAACAACCUCAAGAGAGGCGAAGUAGCCGCCUUGAACGGCUCAGGAGUCGAAAGCCAGGUAAAGAAGAAUUAGAUUUUGUGGCCAAUAAGGAUCUGGCUAAAGUUGUAACGAAGUUCCUACAACCUUUUGUUGUUAAUGAAACUGGAAUUAGAGAUUAUAAGGGUGAAAAUAGUUGUUCCUACCAAAGUAAGACUGUAGAUGAAUCACUUUAUUUUGAGUAUAAUGAUGUUAUGAAAUUCAUCCAGAAAACUGGUAGAAAUUGUGGUGCUUAUCAUUUAGGGCACUUGCUUUUAGAAGAGGUUGCUGCCAGAGGCAUUUUGCAUCAGGAUGGCAUUUCUAGAUUUUUGGACUUAGAGAAGUUGACAAGGCAUUGGGGUCAGGAAAGAACUCCGGAAUGUUAUCUUUUUCUUGCUGAGUUAUAUUAUGAUGUUGUGUUGUGCUCUCAUGACACAUCAACAACAGCAGGCUUUAUAUCAGAGACAACAUAUAACCUAUGUAAAAUAAUUGAAUCUGUUGCAUUGGAUUACCCAUUCCAACUUAAUAGUGUGGAUGGAAAUGAAAACUUUUCUGCUGCAGAUGGUUUUCCGAGCAACUGUUCUAGCAGUACUCUUUUGAAGGACAAUUAUCCCUUUUGGGUUCGUUAUUUUUGGUUAAGUGGACAGUUAUCGAAACUGGAUGGUGACAAAGAAAAAGCUCGAAAAGAAUUCUCCAUUUCAUUUGCAUUGUUGACAAAUGAGGUAAAUAAGAAUGGCUCUCAGCCAGUUUGCUUACCCCACUGCAAAAGCAUUAGAAAGCUAACCGUAGAUGGAGUUCUACAUGAAAUUCACUUAUUGGAGGUUGAAUUUCUUUUGAAGGAUACUAUUAAUAAGACGAUUGAUGAAAACAUGUACUCUGAAUGUGUAGAAAUACUUGCUCCUCUUUUAUUUUCCUCGAAAGACGCUCAUCUUGGUGCAUUAUACACUGCCAAUCAAGGAGGUGGAGAGUGUACUUCAGUUGAACUAUCUGCAUUAAAUGUUCUACUCAAGGCAUGCCAACAGGCAGAACCUAUGGAUAUCGAUGUCUACCUGAGUUGUCAUCGAAGGAAACUACAGAUACUUGUUGCUUCAGCUGGUGGGGAAGACAGUCUUGAUUCCCAUAAGAUGAAUCUCUCUGUUAGUGAAACAGAAUCAAAAGAAAGUCCAAACAACCUACAGUGCCAUAUGUUUGCUGAAGAAGUGAAGGCAAUUUCCGAAUGUAUCUCAAGGAUAAAGAGCAUCAUGUCUGGAAAUUCUAAUGUUCUUGUUCAGACAACUAUUCUUGUCGAUAUUCAGUCCCUGCUGCUAAAACUUAUGUGCAAAAUUGCAAAUUCAUAUUUAUGUCAAAGAUCCUCUGUAAUGGAAAACUCAGAUCAAAGUGAACCAAGAGAUCGAUGCUACUUUAUUGAUGCGGCCAUUGCUUUCUGUAAACUUCAACACUUAAUUGCCAAUGUGCCUAUUAAAUCUCAGACAGAGUUGAUUGUAGCAGUCCAUGACAUGCUUGCUGAGUUUGGUCUCUGCUGUGCACGUGGGGAUGGGGAAGAGGAAGAAGGAACAUUUUUAAAGUUUGCAAUAAAGCACCUAUUGGCCUUGGAUAUGAAGCUUAAGUCUACUUCUCUCUCUCCCUGCAAGGAAUCUGAAAUGCAUCUUGAUCAACAGCCUUCCCAUGAUAAUCAUGUUAAGAGGUCUGACCAGCUCUCUCAGGGUAACCAUGCUGACAGCUCAGUGAAUGAAUCGAAAUUAGAUGUGCUGAAUGUGGAAGUACCACAGGCAGAAACAGAUGAAGCCAAAGCUUCAGACGAAAAUAUUGUUCAAAGUAUGCACUCAGAGAACACUUCCCCUGAUAAAGGUUCUGAAAAUGAGAAAAUAGAAGUUGCUACUGACAAAAAUGUUGGUGAUGAUCCUAGAUUAAAGAAAGAAAAUCAUGCUGUUGAAUGUGAAAAUGAACUAACUGAGGAUGAAAGGGAGGAUCUUGAAAUUGGGAUUGACAAUGCAUUGGACCAGUGUUUUUACUGUUUGUAUGGUCUGAAUCUAAGGUCUGAUUCAUCUUAUGAAGAUGAUUUAGCCAUCCACAAGAACAGAAGCCGAUGUGAUUAUCAGACAAAGGAACAGUGUGCUGAUGUUUUCCAAUACCUACUUCCCUAUGCUAAAGCUUGUUCUAAAACUGGACUGGCUAAACUUCGGAGAGUACUAAGAGCUAUUCGCAAACACUUCACAAAACCACCUGAGGAUAUUUUAGCUGGAAAUGCAAUUGAUAGAUUCUUAGACAAUCCUGAUUUGUGUGAAGACAAACUAUCAGAGGAAGCAGGAUCUGAUGACUUUCUUGAUACCAUGACGGGUAUAAUAUUUUCAGACCCUGGAGGCCUCAUACAACAGAAAGAGUCAUCAAUACAUAGCUCUGAGCCAUACCUUGAAGUUUAUAGCAAUUUGUAUUAUCUCCUUGCUCUAUCUGAGGAACUGAGUGCAACUGAUAAAUGGGCUGGCUUUGUUCUUACUAAAGACGGGGAGGACUUUGUUCAGCAAAGUGCAAAUCUUUUCAAAUAUGAUUUACUAUACAAUCCAUUCCGCUUGGAGAGCUGGCAGCGGCUUGGAAACAUUUAUGAUGAGGAGGUGGACUUGCUGCUUAAUGAUGGCAGUAAGCAGAUAAAUGUUUUGGGAUGGAGGAAGAAUGCUACACUUCCUGAGAGAGUUGAGGCAAGCCGAAGGAGGAGCAGGCGGUGCUUAUUGAUGACCUUAGCUCUAGCGAGGACAGCAGUUCAACAGGCUGAGAUACAUGAAUUAUUAGCAUUAGUGUACUAUGAUGGUCUUCAGAAUGUUGUACCCUUUUAUGAUCAAAGAUCUGUUGUACCAUCCAAAGAUGCAGCUUGGAUGAUGUUCUGUCAAAACUCAAUGAGGCAUUUCCAGAAGGCCUUUGCACACAAGGAAGAUUGGUCUCAUGCAUUUUACCUGGGAAAACUUUCUGAGAAGCUUGGGUACUCACAUAACACAUCAUUCUCAUACUAUGCUAAGGCUAUGGCUUUGAACCCUUCAGCUGUAGAUCCAUUCUACAGGAUGCAUGCUUCACGGUUGAAGUUACUUUGCACAUGCGAGAAACAAAAUGAAGAGGCUUUAAAGGUUGUUGCAACAUAUUCUUACAAUCAAUCAACAAGGGAAGCUGUAAUGGAUAUCCUUCAUAAAGUAAGCCCUAAAAUACCCGAGCCAUCUUUGUCUACAGAGGAUAGCAGCUCAAAUGCUUGCUUCGAGAAUAACAGACAAGUGGAUUUACACAAACUUGAAGAGGUUUGGCAUAUGCUUUACAGUGAUUGCCUUUCAGCUCUGGAAGUUUGUGUUGAAGGGGACCUUAAACAUUUUCAUAAGGCUAGAUAUAUGCUUGCUAAAGGACUGUACCGAAGAAAUGGGGACGGUGAUCUGGAGAGGGCAAAGGAGGAGCUUUCCUUCUGCUUUAAAUCACACCGUUCAUCCUUUACAAUAAACAUGUGGGAGAUCGACAGUAUGGUCAAGAAAGGAAGGCGCAAAACUUCAGGUGUUUCAGGGAACAGGAGAGCCCUGGAAGUUAACCUUGCUGAAAGUUCAAGGAAGUUUAUUACUUGCAUUCGGAAGUACAUCUUGUUCUAUUUGAGGUUGCUGGAGGAGACAAGAGAUGUCUCCACCUUUGAUCGGGCUUAUAUUUCUAUUCGGACAGAUAAAAGGUUCUCUCUAUGCCUUGAAGAUCUCAUCCCAGUUGCUCUUGGGCGAUAUGUAAUGGCGAUAAUUUCAUCUCUACACCAAACUAUUGCUGGCUCUGAUACUACUGGCAAUUCUUUAGAACAUCUUCUGGAGAAAAUGUUCUCUCUGUUCUUGGAACAGACUGGCUUAUGGUCUGAUAUUUCUAGCUUGUCAGAAAUUAAGAGCCCAGAAUUGUCAGAAAGCAGCUUAUUCGGAUAUCUUUAUCAGUAUAUCCAAUUAUUGGAGCAAAAUCUCAAGGUUGAGACACUCGAAGCAAUGCAUGAAAAGAUACGGAAGCGUUUAAAGAAUCCAAAGUUGUCCAAUAGUAACUUUGCAAAAGUUUACAAGUAUAUUUCUAUUGCUUGGUGUCAAUCUCUUGUAAUUAGCAUGGCAUUGAUAACGCCACUACAUUCAAGACUUCCAAGUGAAAUUCAAGCUGCCAAUCAAUCAGGUAAUGGAUUGGAAAUCUCACAUAUGGUGUGUGUUGAUCUGCAAUCAGAUGAGCUAUGGAGUUCAUCUUCUGAGAACCCAGAUCAUAUGAAGAAUCUUGAAAACAAAUGGAAUGCUUCAUUGUCUAAGAUCAAGAAUGUAAUAAUCAAGAGAGCCGCAGACGAAGAUUUGGAGACUGCUUCUUUGCUACUCAAGUCUUCUUACAAUUUCUACAAGGACACCUCGUGUGCAUUUUUGCCAUCUGGUAUAACCCUUUAUGCAGUGCCACUUCAGUUGGCAGCAGAAACGUAUAUUCAACCUGGCAUAGAUGUGGUUGAUAUACUUGAUAUGAAUACUUCCCGGAAACUUCUUUUGUGGGCCUACACACUUCUCCAUGGUCAUUGCACAAGUAUCUCUGCUGUGAUCAAGUACUGUGAAGAAAUUUCAAAGUCGAGGAUGAGAAAGGGAACGGGAAGUCCUUUGGCUUCAACUACACCACCGACCCCGGCUUCUCACUCAGGUGGCGGAAAAGAUUGUAGUGAGCGGGAGGCUUCUCCGUUAUCUACUAUAGUGUCUGCUUCAUCAACUGAACCCGACUCUGCACACAAAAUAUCCAUGACUUCACCCGAGGUUGAGAACAGAGAGGCUGCUGCUGCUGCUUGUACUCCGGUGCCUGAACCAGCUGGGACACCAUCUGAUGUUGCAUGCACUUCUGCUUCUCAAAGAGGAGAUUCUCGCAAUGUGUCGACUUCAUGUUUGCCUGAAGCUGCAGGUGCUAAAGACCCAAAUAUAACAUCAACUGAUAAGAACCCAUAGAUCCUGUUAGACAUCCUUACUUAAAUUCAUGCAAAAUGUGAGAUACAAUAAUAUGCAAAAUAUAGCAGUGGGGUGGCUAUUUGGCAUAUUAUGCCUCAUCUCAGCCUAGUUAAAGAGCACCCUCUCCCCACUUCUCAGCCUGGUUGUACUUAUAAUCUUCUGUUAGGAAAAAAAAGAGUCUUUUCUUGCCUUCAUACCAAAAUUGUGUUGUGUAUAGGGGUUGUAACGGGUGGGAUGGGGAAAAGAAUAUUGUAGCAUAGUAGUAUCAAACAAUCAAAAAUAUGGGUUUUGGGAUUAUACUUCUUUUUAAGUAGUUGAUUUGAGUUGGAAUCUAUCACUCCCCUUAUGAUAUCCAUCAGUUUAGAGUAGAAGUUACUCAUACGUGUAUUUCCACAUUUACUUAGUGUUUUGACGUACAAAGAUUUAGGAAAAAUUGUAAUUUUCGUUCUUAAAUUGAAGUAUAAAGUAACUGUAGGAUUUGCCUUCAUUUA